UCAAAAACAUCCACAUCCACUUGAUAACAACUUUAAUUAGUAAAAAAUGACUGAAAAUAAAUCUUUAAAUAGCCUAAUAAUCCACCCGGCUAUUGAACCAGGCGUUAUUGACAAUGAAAUGCUUACCCGAUGCAUAUUGGAGUAUGGACCAACGGAAGAAGCAGGAAGACUAUUCGCAGAAGAAGGAGUUCAUUUAGAGGAAGCACCGAUAGUCCGUUUGGAAUUUCAAAACAUUUUGCGAAUCGAUCACCUUUGGAUGCUAAAAUCCUUAAGAAAGUUAACUUUAGCACACAAUUUAAUAGAAAAAAUUGAAAAUUUAGACCAGCUGACCGGUCUUAAUGAAUUGGAUCUAUCGUUUAAUAAAAUCGAAAAAAUUGAAAAUUUAAAUGAACUUGUCAAUCUAGAAGUUUUGACGCUUUUCCAUAACAAGAUAAGAAAACUUGAGAAUAUGGACACUCUUGAAAAUCUUUUGGUUUUCAGUAUUGGGGAUAAUUUGAUUGAAGAUUUUAAGGAGAUGUCAUAUUUAAGACGAUUCCGUAAACUGCGCUCUGUGAGCUUUAAAGGCAAUCCAUGUUGCGAUGAUCCUAUGACUUAUCAAUUUCUGAAGUCGGCGCUUACCAGAGUCACGUAUUUGGACUAUAAACUUGUUAAAGAAGAGGACCGAGACAAUGGCAGAGCAGUUUUCCGAGGAAUGCUUCGUAAAUUGGAUGAGGCUGAUGAGAAAUCUGAAAAGGAAAGAGUAGCAAGAGAGGAGUAUGAAGCCAAAGUAAAGUUCUACGCUCUGUCUUUCGUCGAAUAUUUGAGUGGACCCGAAUUGCUGGAAUCAAUGUUCGAGAAAGAUCCAGAUGGAUCGCUGCUGCUUAAAGUUGGUGGCGAGCUGCAUGGGUUAUACGAACAAUAUAAAGAACAAUAUGUAGAAACAAUGGCUGGAUUGGUGGAGUUUGCACAAGAUGCAUAUAACAUGAGACAAAAUGAAAUAAGACUAUUUAAGGACCUUGUUGAUAAUGCUUUGGACGAGAGUGUUACAAAAAGCAAAGCAGUUGUAGAAGAAUUCGAGGAGAAGAAGAAACCUUUGAUCGGCCAAAUGAACGAGAUUAUAUCAAAAUUCACAAAGAAGCAGGCAACAAUCGAGCAGUUGGAACCGAAUAUAAUAGAUACGGGGGAAUUAUUUAACGAUGUCAUCUUCGACUUGUGGAAGAAGCUUAUGAGUAUUGAGAUGACCUUGUACGAGCAAUGCGAGGAAUCAAGAGUACAAUUUGCAGUGAAUAUGACAGAAAUGAUCACAAAGCUGCUGGAAGUUUCUCGCAACGCGUUUGGAGCGUGGCGCGAGCAUGAAGGGAUGUGGUCCAUGCGACAGUUUGAAGCACUAUCGAAAUUACUCGGCAAUAAGGUUAUGCUGGGAGAUGCUCCUCCGGAACUAUUUGAGGUGAUGAUGGACAGAGACCUGAUGAUGAAUCUUGUGGCGCAAUCAUCAGACAACCAUAUGAGGUUCAUAGACGCGCGUGAGGAUCUGCUCAUGACACGCGCUAACAAUUGGCGCGACGAACUCGUUCAAGGCGCUAAUGACAACGAAAUAAAACGCAACAGAGACAGGAUCCUAGAAAUAUACUACUUCAUUGACAACCAGAGAGAGGAAUGGGCUGAUAUGCAGAUGAGCAUGACUGAGACCGUGGACCCUGAAACCGCGGCACUCUUAGGCGACGACUUCUAAAACACCUACCUACCUUCUUUAACGACAGACAUCCGGGACCGGAAGCGACACGUGACGGUAUUAGCAUCAGCUAACUCAGUGCCUAUUGAAGGAUAGCCACCAAGCUCAUUUGACAUUUAUUUAUAAUCCAUUUAGUUUUCUACGAACAAUUAUUAAUUUAAUACCUCAGUGAAAAAGAUAUAUAAAACCAACCAAUGUCAAAUGAGCUCGGCGGCUAUCAUUCAGUGGACACUGAGUUAGAGAAUCAUCCCGGAGGAAAACACUCGAUCACAUGACCGGACAAAAAUAUCUACUUACGGCAGCGCGGCGAUUUGACGGCACUCUUAUGAGAGUCAUGAGAUAGAGUUUACGCGGUAAGAACAGAUGUUUCUUAAGUUUUAGACCAUAGAUACAUAGCGCUCAUGAAAGCUGAAUUACACUGUUAAACCGAAAGAGCCACUUUUUUAGCUUCGUCAUACAUACGCAUCGUGUGCAUAUAGGACUAUAGUACGCGACAGGUUGAGAUGGCAACCGGGGUGGGGACACACACACGCACAGCACCCGCGCUAACCCGGUGCGGAUAGCGCGGGUGUGCGGGACGUCCCCCCCGCCUCAUACCCCGCUU